AUGAAACUUUUUUUAUUUACUGUCACUAUUCUUGCUUUGGCAAGUUUAAGGUCCUCAGGAUUUUCUAUACCGUCACUAAACAAUUUAUCACAACAAUGUAAAAAUACAACUUUAACAAUUCUCUCGGAACGCGAAUUUGCUGAAUGUAUAAACGUUCCUUCUCUUCGACCAUUUUAUGAAGAAAAAGUUAUUAAUGCAAUUGGAAACUUAUCGGAUGAUUUCGACAACAAUAUCAAAAUUAUCAGAUCUUUAGAACCAGAACUUAUAAAGGUUUCAAAAGGCUUUUGCAAAUUUCGAAAAUAUUCGGAUUGUUUUAUUCAAUCUCAUAUUGAAUCUACUAUUGAUGCAUGCCCAGAAGAUCUUAGAAAAAACAAUUCUAUGGCACAAGCCAUUUUUGCUACAUUCGCUCUUUAUUCUCCUUUGCAUGACUCUAUAUGCUUUGAAAAUAAAAAAGGCGAUUUCUGCUAG